AUGAAAGUCUGCCUGGAGAUCCUAUGGUCUGAGUCACCAAAGCCACCGAACACGUUCAAGAACAAAGCUGGCUACCUCAUUGCUACCCUGGCUUUCCCUUGGCGUCCCAAGGCACAACCGCCGCAGCCUGCAUCAAAGAUGACGUUUCCCAAGGAAUCGUCAAUAGUUGAGCCUUUGGAUGCACCGCAGGUGCCCACAGCCCUCUCGGACUUUGAGGCUGCACUACAGCGGCUAAGGUCGCUGCAUGAGCAGUCCCUUUUUCAGCUCCAGGCAAAGCUCUUCAAGGCAAAGCCAGACGAUGUGGCGUGCGAGGGAGCUGCAACGUGGCGACCGGAGCGACGAGUGACCUUCGAGGAGAGCCAGCUGAAAGCCCAGAAGGACCAGAACGCGGAAGUGGUGGUCGAGACGACUCUGCCAGAAGCCAAAAUCGAAGCUCCAGACCAGGAGGAAGAGAAGGCGGAAUCUUACGACCGCAUCCGCCUAAGCCAAAUCGACCUGAACAACAAGCUGAUGGAGCUCGACCAGGAAUUUGCCAGAUCCACGGGCACCCGAUUCUUUCAAAUAGAGAGGUCGGAGAUCAGCGUGUCGUACAUG